GCGUGUGACGUCACCACUAGACGCGGGCGGAGCCUUUUGGAUUCACUCGACCAAGCGUGAUUAUUUUGGUGCCACGGCCGCAAUUUUCACUCCACAGCUAUAAAAAAUACAUCAAAGUGGAGGUACACUCGUCCUGCUUCUCACAAAAUAGGUGUGAAGUCAUCAAAUUGUACAGCUUGCCCAGGAGGUGAGUACAUUCCUUAGGAGCCAGAGAUUCUGCACUUGUCAUGGGCUGUGUGCUUCGAUCACACACGCACAUGCACACGCACGGGCUCGGCCGCGCGCGCGGGCACACACACACACACACACACACACACACACACACACACACACACACACACACACACACACACACACACACACACACUGUUUUCAUGUGUGCAUUACUGUCUCUCUGUCAGUAGAAAAUACACCCCCAAUAUCAACUUUCUUUAACUCUAUUAACAUACUAACUUCUUUUUCUUAUACUUCUGCUUUUCUUUUCUAUACUUUCUACAUUUAUACAAUUAAUUUAACUUAAGCUGUUUCAUACUUUCUACAUUCAGAUGUAGGGCAGUAACUGAAGCAGGGCAAUAGAUGGUGCUGUUCUGCAUUCUCAAGUUACUAUGGUUGGAUGCUGCAGACUGCAAAAAUCUGUUUUACUAUUUGUACUUUUAAUGGGAACAUUGUUACACAUUAUUUUAAGGCAUUUGUUUUUCAAAUUCAAUUAUCCUUAUUAUCAGUUCUGUUUAUUCACAUCAAUCAGAUACGUUUUUCACUUAGGCUAUCAGACAAUUUGUACAUUAAUCCAACUAAUUUACCUCCAGCUAUACUACAAUUCUUCCAUUCAUACAAUUUCUUCUUAUUCUACUCCACCUUUUCAACAGUUUUUCUGUUCAUACCUUCCUCCAUUUUUUAUUGGCAGUUUUGCAUUGCUUUUUCAGCACUCAGCAUUUCCACGCAUUUUCUGCAAGGAAAUGCAAUUUUUCUAGUUAUUAUUGCUAGUAUAAGCCAAGCUUACGUGGUUUUUACUGUCAGUCUGAGCCAAACCUACAGCAUUUCAGCUGUUGAGGCCCUUAGCUUCUCAGGAUUGCACUUGUCAUGACUUUGCAGUUUAGCGAAGAAACGUCCAAAAUUCAAGUCAACAUAUUCAAAUUCCUAUGAGUAAUAGCCCAAAGUUUAAAUGCUCAAAUGCCAGCAUAAGACAGAGGUUAAGGAAUGAGACAAUAUGGUGCAGAUUGUAGUCUCGUUAGCCAAACUGCUCUACAGGUGUUGUUAAUUAGCACACGCCCAGGUGGAGACAUUCACAACAGCAACACAAAGAGAAAAGUAAGUCCCUCUGUUUCACUGUUAUCCCUCCCUUCUUUUGGUGCCAUUUUUCUUUUAAUGGGUUAUUCAUGUUUAUAUUUUUUUGUAUUUAGGCCUGAUGGCCAGUAAAAUUUUGUGAGUGCUCAAGUUGAAUGUUGCCAUGAUGGUAGCCUACAUUGUCUUUUCACUAUUGGAGGUACUCAGUGUUAUUUAAGAAAACAUCAUUUGAAGUCUUAUUUCAACUUCCUACUUUAGUUUUCAGACAUUACAUGAACACAAAAGGAGUAAUGUCAGGGGAACAAAUAAAAUGCCUUUAAAUAUAGUAUAAAACAGAACAGGAGGCUGUAUUUGUCCAGACUUGGUUGUAAGAUGUUGGCUAUCUCUUAUACAUAACCCCAACCCUCCUCUGAAAUUCCCAUGUUUCCAUACAGGGUCACUCCCUCAUAGGUUUCACGCUGUUAUAUUAUUUAACAAGAAUUCUUUGUUGGCUUUAUUUAUUUUUUUAAUCAUCAUUGUGUCUUUAAACAUGCAGUAGAUGGAGGAUUUGUCUGUCCAGCACGCCAUGGUGUCACUUUUUUGGAUUCCUCAGCCAUUUGGUCCUUCAUAUUGUUUUGGUUUCAUGUCAAAUGAGGAUGUUUUUUUAAUCUAUGUUUUGCUCAUAUCAUUUUGGUUGUUCUCUUUUCUGUUUGUUUUUGUCUUGGUUCUUACAUUGUUUUCUUAUAUAAUUUUAUCACAGCACCUUGGAACCUGGUUUGAAAAGAGCCAUAUAGGUAUAGUUUUUACAUUAUCACUUCUGGAUCUCAGCGCCGGACCAAUAUAAUUUAUUUCUGUCAUAAAGCCACACUUGUGUUAGAUCAAUGUGAAAUAAUGUACACACAACUUGAGAAUUAAGUUGACAUUGAAUUGGGAGAUGAUCGAGAUAAUGGGAUCCUGUCAGGAGUCUCAGUUGGUAGUAUGACUCUUUUGUCACUGUAGGGGUGAAAGUGUUAUCACACUAUAAGGUUUUGUGCGAACAUUUGGACAUCAUACGUAUGAAAACAAUUUGAAACACAGCCAGCAGUUUUGUCCAGACAGAAUGCUGAAAAAUAUGUGAUACUUUUCUAUCAUCUUUUAGAUUUGGAUCAUUUUAAUUGUGUAAACAUGAAGUCUCAACAACAUGGUGGCCUAGUUUUAUAACAUGAUGAUAUGACGACAGAGGGAGGUGUCAUCACUUCUUUUCUACAUGCACGGACAGGCCAUUGUGUGAGAUAACACAAGGUAGACAUUGAACUAUGACUUCAUCAUUCACAAGGGAAAUUCUCAAGAGUGCUUUCAAGCAGUUGCACCUCGCAGUCAUCAGACCUGCGAGCUCGGUACAAGAUACACGCCACAAACAUGUUGAAACCUUGUGCUGUUCAAUAUAAAACUAAUGUUCUCCCUUUUGAAUAUUGAGAAUUGAAGACAUUUACUAAAGUAGAAUAUGGUUCCUUGACUUAAUUUGAAUCAGAAACUCAGAAAAAUAUGUUGAAAUAUGACCAAAAAAAAUUCUAAUGUGAUAUAAUUGUAUUCUUUUAGGGCUAUGAACCCAAUUAAAAAUUUUCAUAACCCCAGAUAAGCUGUCUCUUGAUCAUUAACUUGUGUCUAUGAAAACUAUAUUCACUCAAAUUAAAUUUCCCCACCACAACAACUUUGGCAGAGGUUAUAUAAAUUUAGCAAGAACAGCACAGGGCACUGAAAAAAAAUGUUUUCCUUUUCAACCUCAUUCCAGUCGAGAUUUCCAAGAUAAUCUGGGGAAUCAGCUUUUCACAUACAGGAUUUAUUUGUUCUAAUUCUUCAGCAGAAAGUAGGUUCAGUGAAGGCUGUUUCAACAGGCUGAUACCAUGAAUGUAAAUCAUAAAUUUAAACCAAAAUGUUCCUACAUUCAUACAACUACAGGAGAAUAAGAAAUGUAUUUUAACUAAAAAGGAGAUCUAUCUGCUCAGGAUUAUCGUUGAGAACAACUUUCUUGACUUGAACAAGAUUUACUCGAGGGUUUUCACAGAAGAGUGUCAGUGGGAGUGUUUAUAAAGAAUUACCCAAUAAAGCGGCUCAUAACUAGCUCACCAGUCACCAGCACAAAGUUCAGUGACAAAGUGAUGCAAGAAAGUGCAGCCAGAAAGAGUGCAUGUUAUUUAGUCAUCAAUACAGAGUGCAGAGCAGCACUUUGAGGACACUUCGGUGAGGACAGGACAGCCCAGCAGCGGGGACAGGUCCACCUUUUUAAAGCUGUAAGAUUGUUUCUAGUUUUGUGUCACUUUUAUACAUUGACUCAAAGCUAUUUCUGCUUCUUUUGUGAGUCUGUUUUUAAUGUAGCCCCCUCAAAGUGUUGAGGUGUUUCCUUGCUCUUUAUGUCUAAUGCUAUACCGAUGUUUCCUCUAAUUACAGGUGGAUCAUCCCUCAGAUGGAGUAUGCGAUGAAGUCCCUCAGCCUUCUGACUCCAUCUUCCCUCUCCAAGUAAGAGUGCUCCUCUAUCAGACAGGAACAUUUCACCCUUUGAUUACUGUCAAUAGUUUAAUGUUAUAAAGUUUUACCGAUGUGUGUUGUCUCUCUGUCCUCAGAUGUGUGACAGCAAGUGUCUCAGCCAGCGCCUCCAUGACUCAGCAGUUGCUGGCUGGUCGAGGUUCUCGGCCAAAGCCCUACAGGGUCACUAACGCUGACCGCAGUGUGAAGAAAGGUAUCAUGGCAGACACACUCAAGGACUUGAUGAACAAGGUGAGGAGGACGGAGAGGGUUGAGAGUUAGAGGACGGUGUGAGGUGGUUAAAAGUGAAUGAUCAGAUGGUUAUUAUUACCUAUAUGACAGACUGGCCUGUUACUCACUCAUUGCAGCGUCAUCUGUUUCAUCGUGUAUGCUUUGAAAUCAAGCUGGUGACACAUGGGGUGUACAUGUUCACACUGCUUCACCUUUGAGUAACACUUCAAUAGUCUGACUCACAUGAUAUGUGGCAAAUAAUAGAGCACGUUAUUGUAUAUGCCCACUCUCUCAGGCCGGCGACUCAUUCAGCAUACUGUGUGUCAGCACUCUGCUGUUGGAUGAAGAUGGCACAGGAGUGGACACUGAGGAGUUCUUCCAAACCCUGCCUGAAAACGCUGUCCUCAUGGUGCUUGAGGAAGGCCAGAAGUGGACCCCUCAUACAGUAUGACAUGAAACUCUUCAAAUUUACCACUAGGUGACACUGUUGAUCAGCUGCCUUAACUUAAAGCUGCCCAGUGCAACUCUAAAUAUUGUAAUCAACUACCUUUAGUAUACCAAUGACUGUUUGAUAUGAUGACUGCACAGAAAGGGGAGAAUCUGUUAAUUUUAUGCUGCUUGCAACUGAUACAAAAACACAAUAACUGGUAAUCAGCAAACUCGGUCUUUUUUCCCUUUUAAUAGAUGGGAAAAUGGUUGAUAUUAUGCAAAAGCAGAUUACUAAGUAAACAUUGGAGAUGAGUUUUGCUUUCUUUAACUUCUGUAAAAAAAUCAAGAGCUGGGGUGGGAUGCAAUGGUCUGAUGCAUACAGUGAACACUGAAGUAACCUCGCGCCAACUUCACUGUCUGCUGGAGAUGCCUGCCUCUGUCUUUGGCACGGUUUUUUGGCUCUAAGGUGCCUCUGUUCACCUCGUUUAUGUCUCUCCCCACAGAACAGCCCCCACAAAGAUCAGCUCAGCGAGUGCGGCCAACAGCACCGGAUGGAUGUGGCCAAACUGACCUUCGACCUCUACAAGAACCAUCCAAACGAUUUCAUUGGCUGCUUAAAUGUGAAAGCGACCCUGUAUGGAGCUUACUCCUUGUCCUACGACCUGCGCUGUUAUGCUGCUAAAAAUUUGCUGAAGUAAGUGAAAUGCUGUGGUUUGACAAAUUUAUCUGGACUGUUAUGUAAUCACUGUGUAUUUCUACAUGAUGCCAAAUCAAGAUCCACUGUCAAAGUUAAAUGGAGGUGACAAUUGAUCAAUUCUUAUGACUUUCAAACCAUGUAUCACUUAGAAGUUUCUCUGCCCAAAUUACGAACAUGUAAAGCCCUAAUACAUCUAUCCAAGUACUCACAGGGUUAGUAAAAUACAACCUGUCAGGUUUGUGAAAAACAAAGAUGAGUUGUCAUACAGAUUAGAAUGCUUCUAUCAUCCAAUUUACUCAAAUGGUGUUUGUCUAUGGAGUGUCUUUGUUGGAAACAUUUUUCUUUUGACCUCUCACUUUCUUUUGCUUUCUCUCUGUGCACUCUGCCACCAGGGAGGCUUUGCGAUGGACCAUAUUCUCCAUGCAGGCUACAGGUCACAUCCUCCUGGGCUCCUCCUGUUACAUCGAACAUCUUCUGGAAGAGGACGAGCAAGCAGAGACGAGCCUCGCUCUGCCACAGGAGAGCAGGAUCAGACAGCUGCAGGGGAUGCUGCUUGGAAAAAUAUCCCACUAAUGAUGGACAAGAUUUUCACUCUAUGUAGAUGAAACAGGUGCUCUUUGCCUGCUCAUGUUGUCUAUGCAGUUUGCACACUAUUGUUCAGAGACACUUUUAUGCUGUUACCUUUCAUUGCAAUAUUUGUACAUAGAACUUUUUCCACAGAAAGCACUUUUACUCACCGGUGUGCAACUCGAUCCUUUGAUGACGAAUAAAUAAAACAAAUGAUUUUUAGUUUCCUGUUCCUAUGAGUCCAUUUCAGCUAACAAAGGUCUACAAGUGAUCCUGGAUUCACAGAAUCAGACCAUUAAGCUGGUCGUGUGUGUGUGUGUGUGUGUGUGUGUGUGUGUGUGUGUGUGUGUGUGUGUGUGUGUGUGUGUGUGUGUGUGUGUGUGUGUGUGUGUGUGUGUGUGCGUGCGUGCGCCUGUGUGUGCGUGUGGUUCGUCAUAGUUAGCGUAAUUGGCAAUGGGUCCAGCUGUCUCUCCCACGCUUCCUUAAUUGUCCCUUGGUCUAUACUACACUGUCAGCUGCAGCCUGCCUCUGCCUCAGAAAACCAAAAGAGGAGAGAAGGAAGAGCAAGCAGCUGCAGGGGACAAGAGGUUAGAAACAAACUGUUACAAUUGGAGCAAAGAUGGGCUUCAGCUACAAGAAGUGCCACUUCUACUAUUUUAUUUUAGAUAGUGGCAACAAAAAGCCGAGGACACACUGACUCCAAAUUCAUGUGAUGAUGAAUGCUUGAGGCGUAGACAGCAGCGGGUCUAGAGCCUUUGCUGUCCAGCUUGUUUCUUCCCUUCUCUGUUCAGAAAAAAUUUGGAACAUAAAAUCAACAAGCAGUUUUUUUUCUGAUAGUUUAAACAACCUAAUGAGAGGCACUAAAUGGCUCAUAACAUCAGAUUCCUUUUUCUAUGCAUUAAAUGAACAAAUUUAGAGAAUGCAUAAUGGUACUACUGACACAUUUUUCUUGUUAUAUUUCCUUUGUAUCAAGUGUAUAUCUCAUAUGAAUGCAUGACCUUUAGUUGCACAAUGAUGUGCACACAUAAUGUAUAGCUGAAUGCAUACCAUGUGCUGUUUCUUUUUGUGUGCUUUGAAAUGAGUCAUGAGAUGCUGAACAUUUCCAUCUCAAAAUGAAUGGUAAUGGAUCACAACCAUAUAACUCUACCUUUACAAUGGUUCUCUCUACUUUUCUUUCCACCCAUUUCAAGUGUUCACAUCCUCCUGACAAAAUCCUCCAACAAUGCACCUCUUUCCCUUUUUUUUUGUUAAUUAUAAUUUCCUAAAUAAUAAAUAAUUCCUAAAUAAUGAA